AUGUACCUUCUGAGAUAUAACUGCUGGGCAGAGGCUUACGCCCAAGCGCACGUAAGAAGCUGCAGCGGACGCCAAUCGUAUGCUUGGCAAAGACCUGGCUGGAAAGAAAACAUCCACAUCCUUUGGACGACGGCAACCGAUAGACUAGGAGCCAUCCAGAAUGCGAUAGCAACAUGGCAAGCCGAGCUUGCAAGGUUUGGAGUUCCCUCAAACAUGGUCUUCACAUAUUGGAUGCAAAACUAUGUGGCGAAUCACAUGACUAAGAUCGUCUGGGGUAAUAACAGAGACAUUGGAUGUGCAACACAGAGAUGUAACGGAUUCUACUUCACAUCCUGCUUAUACAGAGACUAUGUCAACACUGUUGGAACAAGCAUCUACCCAAUCGGAGCGGUUUGUAGCCAGUGCCCUGCUGGUCCCAACAACUGCAACGGCAAUGUUGGACUUUGCUCAUGGUAA